GCCGUAGGAUGGCGAUAAAAUUUUAAGAAAAGAAAGGCUGAGAAAUUCUGAGCGUAGGUGUAGAUUAUUAAUUAGUGAAAUAGUUUGUUGUUUGAUAAAUUAAGUACUUAUUGAUAGUUCUAACUUCUCUUAAUUAUAAUAAUUCUAACACACAACCCCGUAGAAAAGUUUGUGUACGUACGUGUGUGGAAUAUUUGUUGUGAAAACUUUACAAAAAUAAGUUAAUGAAAAUGUAUGACACAAAUUCUGAUAAUGAAAGUAUGGAUGUGGCUUCAUCUGGUGUAUCUGAGUCAGCAGCGAACGAUGCUUAUCUGGUACCGGAACGAUCAAGAAAAGCAUAUGAUAAAAUUUACCAAGAUUUUAUGAACUGGAAAAUAACAAACGAUAUACAAUCUUUCAAAGAAGAGGUGAUAUUAGCAUACUUUCGAGAAAUGUCGGACAAAUUCAAAUACUCUACCUUGUCAACAAAUUUCUCUAUUCUAAAAAAUACUCUAGUUCUGAAUCAUAAGGUGGACAUCUCAAAAUAUUCUAAGGUGAUUGCUCUCAUAAAAAGUAAAGCAGAGGGCUAUACAGGGAAAAAAUCCAAGACAUUUUCACCUGUUGAAAUAAAUAAGUUUUUGAAAGAAGCAAAUGAUGAUGAAUACCUUGCUGCUAAGGUUGCCUUGAUAUUUGGCAUUGUGGGUGCUUGUCGGCGACAAGAAUUGCACAGACUUCAAUUUACAGAUGUAGAAGUCUGUGGAUCAAGAAUUCUUGUGAAGAUUUACAACACCAAAUCAAAUACUAACCGAGUGUUCACUGUCACUGGUGAAUAUUAUGAACUUGUUACAAAAUACAUAAGUCUGCGGCCUGAUCACUGCUGUAGCCCAAGCUUUUUCAUACACUACCAUGCAGGCAAAUACACCUCAAUGAGUGUAGGUAUUAACCAGUUCGGUAAUCUAGGCAAAACUAUUGCCAAAUUCUUAGGACUUCCUAAUCCAGAGUUGUACACUGGACACUGUUUUCGAAGGACAUCGGCAACAAUAUUAGUUGACGCUGAUGGAGAUAUUUUACCUUUACGAGGGCAUGCUAGAUACAAAACAAUACCUGUAUCAGAGCCGGAGGACUCUACAAAUGACUCAAUGCCAAGUUUGGUUGCAAACAAAAGUAUUGGAAACAAAAAUGAUCAUAGCACAACAAUACAAGAAACUUGCUCAAGCAAUGUAACAGAGAAUAACAUUCAAGAGCCAAAUCAGUUUCGGAAGUCCUUUGAGAAUCAGAGUAUUGAACAUGUAAAUAUAAAUAUUACAAAUACAGCUACAGAUGUUGCAGAGAACUCGAUGGAAAACAAAGAUGAAGUAUGGAGUCAAAUACAGAAUUGUUUUUUCAAGAAGAAAACUGAUGUAAGUGUGAACACUCCAGGCACGAGUUUAUCAGAAGACUACUUUGAUGAUUCAAUGGAGGAUGAUGAUAAAGUGAGGAAUCCAUCUGAAAAUCCCUUAGAAGACAACAGCAGUAAAAUUGUAAACAUCAAUGUGCCAGGCGCACCCGGCAAUUUACAGCAAAUGUUGAGUACCUUAGUGCGCUUCAACAAUUGCAAUAUUCAAAAUGUUAAUAUUUAUUGCAAUAAGUAAGUAAUACUUUGAAACUCUCAGGUGGUUAUCACACUGGCCCAUCAGUGUGCAAGUGAAUGACUGCUAUGCACCAUAUGCUAUCUGGGAUGUCCAUUGUCCACUCACACUGUAAACUCCACAGUGUAAUAAGCACCCAGAGUCCUUUCCCUAAAUCUGACUAUUAUAAUAAUAAAGCCUUUAUUUCUCGUUUAAAAAGUUGCUUUAAAAUAUAUAUUGAUUAAUAUAUCUAUUUAUU